AAGCUCAUACUUUCUGAUAUCAAAUUUCAAGAGAAGUCGGCCGUGGACAUGCUCUAAUUCGGUGCUAAAUCUCGAAUAUAACGACAGACACAGCAAGCAACAGCAGAGCUGAUGCAUAAAGACUAAAGAGUGAUAAACCAAACCACCAUUUUUUCCGUGUAAAUCGAGGGGUGCUAUACUGCAUAUUGUCAAGACAUGGCAUUUUCUUCUACUGCCUUCCUCAGCACUGUACGCACACUCCCUGCUCAAGUCCCAUUGCUACGACCUAUAUCAUUGUCUACUCCACUGACCUCUAAGUUAUUCGUUUGUAAGCAUCCUAUUAGCGCAUUAAGAUCCACAGGUGUAUCCUCAUUGACAAACCACCUGAAUCCUGCGAGGCUUGUUUUAAAGAGGAAAGCAUCAAUGACUGGGGUGGUGACUGAUAAGGGCAAAGGUGACAUUAAAGUGUUUGAUUCUGAAGAAGAUCUUGCAGUGUCACUGGCAAAAUACAUUGCUAACAUAUCAGAUAAAUUUGCAAAAGAGAGAGGCGCUUUUACUGUUGCUCUUUCCGGAGGUUCUUUAAUAAAGUCACUUAGGAAGUUGGUCGAUCUACCCCACUUGAGUUCAGUUGAUUGGGAGAAAUGGCAUGUGUUCUGGGUGGAUGAGAGAGUAGUCCCCAAGGAUCACCCAGACAGCAAUUAUUUGCUUGCCUGUGAUGGACUCUUAUCCAAGAUUCCACUUCAUCCUGGCAAUGUCUACGCUAUCAAUGAUGCCCUCUCAGCCAAGGGUGCUGCUGAUGAUUAUGAGACAUGUCUUAAACAUUUGGUCCAGAAUCAAACACUUGCUGUCUCUGAGAGCGGAUUCCCGAAAUUUGACCUCAUACUUAUGGGCAUGGGUCCAGAUGGACAUGUGGCAUCGUUAUUUCCUGGUCAUCCACUUGUCCAGGAGAACAAACAGUGGGUUGCUUCAAUAGAGAACUCCCCAAAACCACCUCCAGAAAGGAUCACUUUCACAUUUCCAGUAAUAAACGCCUCUGCGCACAUUGCAGUCGUGGCUGCUGGGGCUAGUAAAGCUCACCCAGUUCAUGUAGCUGUUGGCGAUGGUCAGAAUCCUGAUUUGCUACCUGUUCAGUUGGUCUCACCUGAAGGUGAGCUGGCUUGGUUCUUGGAUAAGGAAGCAGCUUCUAAGCUUUAGCUUAUCAUCCUUAUGUUGAGUUUCCCCUGGGCAACAUAAGCUUAUCAUUGCAUUUUGUAAUUUCCCAGAUAAUUUUGUAAUGUAAGUUGUUUUGAUCUGUUGUAAGGUUUUUCAUUACCUCUCUGUGACUUUUUACAUAAAGUGAAAUCCGUGAUCUUGUACAUAUUAGAUUCAGUGGUUGUCACUGUUUCUCAUAGUAUUAUGUUAUUUUUGUAACCCAAUACUUAGCUGCUACUCAGAACCUGUCAGAUAGAAUUUGUGCAUUUAUGAUCUGAUUUUGCGAUAUUGGGUUCACAUGAACAUUCAA